UAGCGGACGUGACGUAAACACAUGGGCGGGGUCUCCGCUCCCACCGGAAGUCAAGCUAUAGCGAAAUCCAUCUUUUUAGCUUAAAGAGAAAUGCAACAAAAACAGUGAUUCAUUUACGCGGUGGUGUUAGUAACCAUGGCUCAGCCUGAGAAGAAGGCAGGUCUCCUGAAGAGGACAUCCUCCUCAAAGAAGCCCCUGAAGGAGAAAGUGCUGCUGAUGUAUGAGCAGAUAUUCACAAAGGAAGACCCUAGCAAGAGCAAUCCUCGCUUCUGGGACGAGCUGUUUCUGAUGAAGGUCAAUCUGGAGUAUCUGGAGGGGAAGCUGGAGUCUCUGGACGGAGACGAAGUCAUGAAAGUCAAGGACAACAUCAACAGUUUGUUCCAGCACUGUGUCCAGGCUCUGGCAGAAGAGCACCAGAUCAGAGUAGUCAACGCUCUUCAGACUCUCUGUGCGCUGUUCAGAGGAGUUCACCAGAAGAACAGGUCUGCCACGGGCUUCGACAUCAUCAACAUGCUGAUGGGCUUCGACAAGGCUGAGCUGCGCAUGAAGGAGCUGAUGGAGAGUCUGGACGCUCUGCUGUGUGGAGACGGAUCCCAGAGUCUGAAGAGCUUGUGUCUCAAACUGCUGCUGUGUCUGGUCACUGUGACCGAUAACAUUAGUCAGAACACCAUUCUGGAGUAUGUGAUGAUCAACAGUAUAUUUGAGGCCAUUCUCCAGAUUCUUUCUGACGUGUCCAGUCGAGCGCAGCAUGGAUAUGAUGCUGUGGUGCUAUUAGCUCUGUUGGUCAACUACAGGAAGUAUGAGUCUGUGAAUCCUUACAUUGUGAAGCUGUCGAUCGUGGACGACGAGCCGACCCUGGAUGGCAUGGGGAUGGUCAUCCACCACGCACUUACAGAGUACAACAGGCAGUACAGAGACAAAGAAGAAGAAAACCAGGGAGGCUUUUUUUCCACCCUUACCAGCAUGGUGGGCAGUAUGUUUAUCGCUGAUGCAGAUGAGAAGCUGUCAGUACAGACUAAUGAAGCCAUCCUUCUCGCUCUGUAUGAAGCCGUACAUCUCAACAGAAACUUCAUCACGGUUCUUGCACAGAGUCAUCCUGAGAUGGACAUGGCAGCAGCUCCGGCGGUGCCCGUCCCAUCCUCUCCUGCGACCCCGCUGGGCACCACACCGCCCUCUCUGGACCUGAUGAAUAAUCCCGAGCUUCCUCUGGACCCAAACUUGCAGACGAGUAAUCUUCUUAUAACGUUCCUCAAAUAUUCCUCCAUCGUAAUGCAGGACACCAAAGAUGAACACAGACUCAACAGUGCCAGGCUGUGCCUCAUCAUUCUGACCUGUAUAGCCGAGGAUCAGUACGCCGACGCCUUUCUCCACGAUGAUAACAUGAACUUCAGGGUCAACUUGCACAGAAUGCCCAUGAGACACCGAAAGAAAGCGGUGGAUAAGAACAUCCCCUCUCGGCCUUUAGUUUGUGCAGUUCUGGAUCUGAUGGUUGAGUUUAUCAUUACUCAUAUGAUGAAGGAGUUUCCUAUGGAUCUCUAUGUGCGCUGCAUUCAGAUAAUUCACAAACUGAUCUGCUACCAGAAGAAGUGCAGAGUUAGGAUGCACUACACGUGGAGAGAGCUCUGGUCAGCUCUCAUUAACCUUCUGAAGUUCCUGCUGUCUAAUGAGACCAUCCUUCUGUCCAAGCACAAUAUCUUCCAGCUGGCUCUUCAGGUGGUGAACCUCUUUAACAUGUUCAUCACGUAUGGAGACACGUUUCUGCCCACCCCCAGCAGUUACGACGAGCUCUACUACGAGAUUAUACGCAUGCAUCAGGUGUUUGAUAACCUCUACUGCAUGGUGCUGCGAGUGUCCACCAACGCUGGCCCGUGGAAGGAGCCUGCUAGUAAAGUCACGCACGCGCUCGUCAACGUCAGAGCAAUUAUUAACCACUUCAACCCUAAGAUUGAGUCGUACGCUGCUGUGAACCACAUCUCACAGCUCUCAGAAGAUCAGGUGCUGGAGGUGGUGCGGUCUAACUACGACACACUAACACUGAAGCUGCAGGACGCUCUGGAUCAGUUUGAGCGCUACUCUGAGCAGCCCAGAGAGGCCGGUUUCUUCAAGGAGCUGGUUCGCUCCAUCAGUCUGAACGUGAGGAAGAACGUGUCUCUGAGUACCAUGAGUCAGGACGUCCUGCUGAAGGAGUUCUCCUCUAUAUCCUGAAACCACGGGACCUUUGACCUUCAUACUGACGCAUCCAUCGCCCCACAUCUGAGGCUCCUCCACGUCACACCAGCCCAUCUAGAACCGGACAGGACUGGAUCUGAUCUUCAGGCUGUGUACUGAUGCGGUCGUGCUCAGAACAGACUCGGAUUGGCUUCACAAAGCAAUCAGGCCAACUUUGCACAAUGUGAAUUUGGAUCCUGAAUCCCCGGUGUUACUGGUUCCUGAUUUUUUUCUUCCUUUUAUUGGCAGUCCAGUGCUGUUUCUGUUGAUUCUGUCGCGUAUUCUUCAUUGCCUUAGUACCAUAACGGAUGAAAACCAAUAUGCUCGCACAGAAUAACCGCUGAUUUUCAGUUCUCGUCUGCAUUCACUCUGAAUAUAGAAAAAACAUCCUAUCCGCAUGAACCUGAAAAAGAAAUGUCUGGGUCACAAUUCACCAUGUAUUCGAAAGAAAGAAAAUCAUAAUUUGCAUUAAUCAAAUAAAGCCAUUAAGAUUUGCAUUCUGACAUAUUUUCAUGACAAACACAUUUUCUCCAAAUUCUCAUUAUUGUAAUGCAAAAAAAGGACAAGAUUCUCAUUACCAUAAUGCACCAAAAAUAUCAUUCUCAUUACCGUGAUACCUUUCUUUUCUUUUCUUUUUUUAAAAACUUCAUAAAUUCAGUUGAAUGCAUACUACAUAAUGCAUACUUACAAUUCUAAAUGUUUUUUUAUAUAUAUAUAACGGUAAUGAGGAUUUGUGAAAUUUCCUUAAUUGGCUUCUCAUUACCUUAAUGUGCCAAAAACUCAUUCUCAUUACUGUAAUACAGGAAUCAUAUAUUUUGUAUGUAUUUUUUGUUUUUUUAUUGAAAACACCAUUUAAAUAGCAUUUAUAUACAAUUUUGAAUAUAAUAUACAUUUUGAUUGUUAUGGUAAUGAUAAUUUGGGUGUACAAUUAUAUCAAUAAUAUAUGUAAGUAAAUAUUAAUAUUCCUAAAACAUUUCCGCACAUUUCCUCUCAAAAUCUUACAGGAAUGUUUAAAAAAAUAUAUCCUUAUUGUAACAUUAAAACAGUAAAGAUAACUAUCCUAUCCUUUUUUAUUAAAAACAGAAUUUCAGUGAAUAAUUCAAAUUUCAGUUAUAUAUAUGGUAAUGAUAACUUGAGGAGAAAAUUGUCUUGUCAUUAAAAAAUGGUUAGGCUUUAUUUUAAAGCAAAAUAUCAUAUGCAACCUGGACAUUUCUUGUUGGUUUUCAUGUGAUUCAUCCUUUGGUAUGAGUGCAUUCAGACGGUCUCUUCAUGUUGCUCUCUCUCAGUAUUUCCCAGUAUUGCAAGAUGUUUCAGUGUGGUAUCAUGAACAGAAAGAAGAAUUAAGAAACAAUUAAAGCAAAGUAUUAAUUUGACACCGCACUGAAGAGAAGCGGCUGUCUGUGUUGGUCUGUAUUUAUAACAUUAUUGAAUCCAAACCAGUUCUGCUACUAAUUUGUCAGAUUUAAACUAACACCUGGAGGAUGAUAACUGAAUAAAACAAACGCAUUUCAAAGACAUCCUUCCUGGGUUUGGUUCUAAAUGAGUAUCUGGCUUUCUAUGCCUUAGUGUUAUUAUUUAUGGGUGUUUGUUUCCUUAUUAAAUCUUAUUUUGUAAAACACA